UCGUGGCAUACAAACUGCACUCCCUCCUUCCCCAGAAUCCCGGCCCCUCCGAGACCAGCGUGUCUCCCACCCCAGGUGGGCCUCAGCCGGCCCUGGAAGCUCGGCCUGGCGCCAUGCAAUGAAUGGCGCGCCUGCCGCUGGCACGGGCGGAGGGCACGCCGCUGCUCUGCCCGUCCUUGCCGGGCAGGUGUGCAGGUGAGCGGGCGGGCCUGCUUGCCCGCAUCCUCACCGGCCAAGCCUGCCUUUCCGACUCCGGAGAUGAGGACACAAACGACAGCACCCACCUCUUCCCUGAGAUCCCCCACGGCAGGGCUUAGACGGUGCCUGGCCUGGGUGGCACCGGGGACCAGCUCAAAUUAAGGAAAAGUUAUAUCCUUCUUCCUUGUAUAAGCAACAUCUAUUUGUGCAAGGGAUCAGCCAUGCAGCCACCGCCCCAGGCAGUCCCAUCUGGUGUGGCUGGACCACCUCCGGCCGGGAAUCCUCAGAGCAUGUUCUGGGCUAACAGCCCUUACAGAAGACGGACCAAUAAUAACGCACCAGUGACUCCGAUAACCUGCCCUUUGCAGCCAGUAACGGAUCCGUUUGCUUUCAGUAGGCAGGCCCUCCAGAAUACCCCGCUGGGCGGUUCGUACAAAAACAGCCCACCCAUCUUGCAAAGCUCAGCACCCCCAGGGUUUCCUCAGCGCCCUGGUUUGCCUGUGCCUCACACAGAUGCCAGGGAUAGCUCCCAAGGACCUUGUGAGCCUCUGCCGGGACCUCUGUCACAGCCCAGAGCAGAUGCCAAUUCAUUUUCUGGUGCGUUGACACCUUCAGCGCUGCCCAGGGCUGAGAUGAGCAGGAGUGCAGAGGUCCAUCCCGGCUCAGAGCCUGGAGUUCAGGCUCCACCGUGUCUGCCUCACUACAUUCCAGGAGUGGGUCCUGACACGUCUCAGGGGACCCAUCUGCAUGGGAACGUGCCUGGGCCUGACCAACCCCUGAGUAGGCAAAACCUGCAUGAUGGUGUGGUAGCCCCAGCAGCGUCCCCUUUUUCCCCCCAGCCUCGUCAACAGAUACCGAGUCAGUGGGGCCCAGUGCAGGCAAGCCCACAGCCCUCAGGUCAGCAUCACUCGCCCUGCCUGGAAGGACCUGUUCAGAGCGCAGUGCCCCAUGCCACCAGCGUUCCCCAUCUGCCCCCAUCAUCCAGCCCACAUCAAGGUGUUGGCCAUGAGCAACAGAACCCACUGGUGUCUCUUUCGGCACCCUUGGCCAGUGACAGGAGAAGUGAGGUGGCCCAUCUGCAAAGUGGAAGCUAUGCAGCAAAUAACUUUGAUCCUGAAAAUACAUUCAGGCAAAACCCCAGAGUUGGGAAUACUUGGGCAAGCCAGGACUUUAGGCAGAAUCCAGGAGUGACUAAAGAGCACUGGCCAGCUGCCACUCUUGUGAGCCCCCUCACUCAGGGAGAUCAUCCAGAAAACCACGUGCACUACCCCCCAGGCACUGGGGCCAGCCUCUCCCUUCCAGAUACAGACUCGGGAGCUCUCUCAAUGUUUUUCCAAGGGGGAGAGACAGAAAAUGAGGAGAAUCUCUCGUCUGAAAAAGCAGGCUCUGCUGGUAAAUCGGACUUUGAGGGUUUCUCCCCUAGCCCUGGACCGGGCCAUCCCCCCUCACUUGCACACAUGGGAGCGGGUGGCAUCUGCCAGGCCUUUCUCAAAGGCUCCAACAUGGAGACCACACCGCAGGGUGGAGAUACACACCUUUAUUUUGCUCAGUCUGCAGGCAUUCAACAUGAUCAGCAAACGACUAAAAAUGCUGCUAGUGACAUGUGGGGUGACACAGCGAGUGCAGAGACUCAGGGUACCAGCAGUUCACAGUGUGAGAAUAUUGAGAACUUAGAAUUCAUUCAGAAUCAAGAAGUUCUGCCAAGCGAGUCCCUAAAUUUGGACGCUUUGUCUCCAAGUGAUCAGUUCAGAUACGGGGUCCUUCCUGGGCCAGCUGUCCCCAGGCACAAUGUUGGGGGCCACCCCGGAGCCGCUGAAGCAAUGAUGCAUCCUGCGAGAUCUGAUAGCGUGUCAUCCAGCUACAGCAGCAAAAGCCACAGGAGUCUUUCAAGUUCAACCAGGCCCCAAGAACUAGUUGGCACGUUUAUUCAGCAAGAAGUUGGAAAACCUGAAGAUGAAGUUUCAGGUAGUUUUUUUAAGCAAAUCGAUUCUUCUCCCGUAGGAGGUGAAACAGAGGAGGCCACUGUGAGCCAGAACUGCCAUAGCAGCGUGUCCCAGCCCUCAGCUCCAAGCCCCCCAAAACCGACAGGAAUAUUUCAGACAAGUGCAAAUAGUUCUUUUGAACCAGUAAAAUCUCACUUAGUUGGGGUAAAACCAGUCGAGGCAGACCGUGCCAAUGUGGUGGGUGAAGUAAGGGGGACCCGUGCCCGCCAGAAGAAGUGCAGACCACCUGAUGCUUCCCCUGGCAACCUAGAGCAGCCGCCAGACAACAUGGAGACCUUCUUUGCACCCCAGGUCUGUCCUCUGCCUCUAAACACCACUGCAGAAGCUGGGCACGUGCUUCCGCACACUGGGGCACCACCCUUGGAUACUGUGUAUCCGACACCGGAGAGGAAGCCCUCAGGCAGGGCUCAGGGGACGGUGAAGUGUGAGAGCCCAGCGACGACUCUGUGGGCCCAAAAUGAGCUGCCAGAUUUUGGAGGCAACGUCCUUCUCGCCCCAGCGGCUCCUGCACUUCAGGUACCAGCAAAACCUCAGCCGUCUGCAGUUGUUCAGCCUCCAGAAAAGGGGGUGUCUGGGCAGCAGUCACAGAAGCCAGGCUCUGCCAGCCCCCUGCAGAACCGAGAUGGGAUUGGUGCUUCCGAGAACCUCGAGAACCCUCCCAACGUGGGAGAAGAGGAGGCCCUUCAGCCACAGGCAAGUUCUGGUCAUGCCGCUGCGUUACCCUCACUGUCCACUGAGUCUCUGCAACAUCUGCCAGUCCUGAUGGCCCAGCCUGACCAGAGCUAUAAUCUGGCUCAGCCCAUUAAUUUUUCUGUGUCCUUAUCGAAUCCUAAUGGGAAGAAUCAGUCCUGGAGAGAUGCUUUGGUGGGAGAUAAACCUCCAGUAGGCAGCAGGGUGCUCAGUGGUGAUUCCGGGGAAAACGUUCCUUUGUCUGGGAUCCCAGCCAGCUCUGUCCUUAGCUUGUCUCUGCCUAGUAGUCUUGCCCAGAGUAAUUUUCCACAAGGUUCUGGUUCUUCUGAAAUGAUUUCUAAUCAGCCUGCCAAUUUGCUGGUUCAACCGCCAUCCCAUCCACUUCCAAAGAACUUGGUUCCAGAAAGUCGAAAGAAUCACAAUGCAGAAAACGUUCUUCCCGAGUUUGUUAAUAGCCUUGCUGGAAGCACGAGUGUGAUGUUAGUUCCACCUGCAAACAGUACUGUGGUGCCUAAUAGUAACAAGGCAAAUCACUCCACUAAUCGGGAAGAAACGUACGGAGCCCUAGACUUUACAUUAAAUAGGACUUUGGAAAACCCUGUAAGAAUGUAUAGCCCAUCCCGUUCCGAUGGCCGGGCCUCUCAGCACACCCUUGCCAAUCACCCCGGACAGUCUGGGCCUGGGCUGCAUAACCCAGACCGUUUCUACCAACAGGUAAUGAAAGAUGCACGGGACCAGCCUGACCUGGGAAGAGCCCUGCAAGAGCUAGCGCCUCCUCGGCAGCAGAACUCUCCUCCACAAGUGCCCAGAGCAACGUCUACGGAACCUUCAAAUGCAGAAAGUCCGCCAGCACAAGGACAGUCCCAAAACUCAGCCCAGGCACCAGCAAGCCUGGCUCCAGCUGACACAGUUCAGCAGCGGCUGCCUCCGUCCUCCAGCGUGUCAUUGGUGUCCACUGGCUCGAGCCAGGCAGCCACGCAGUCAGAGCAGCAGUGGCCACAGCCGACACCGCCGCACUCCUUGGGCCCACUGCCUCCGGACUUGGCGUCCUACUACUACUACAGACCUCUGUACGAUGGCUACCAGUCUCAGUACUCCUCCCUGUACCCACCGGAUCCUGGGGCGGCCUCCCUCUAUUACCCGGACAUCUACAGCCUCUAUGAGCCGCGAUACAGGCCCUACGACAGUGCAGCAUCUGCGUACGCUGAGACCUACCGCUACGCCGAGCCUGAGCGGCCCAGUUCCCGAGCAAGUCACUGCUCCGACCGGCCACCUCCCAGGCAAGGGUAUCCUGAAGGAUACUAUAAUUCCAGAAGUGGGUGGAGCAGUCAGAGUGAUCACUAUGCGAGUUACUACUCCAGCCAGUAUGAUUAUGGAGACCCAGGCCGCUGGGAUCGUUUCCACUACAGUGCUAGAUUCAAGGACCCCCGCGCCUGUGACCGGAGGUACUGGUGUGAUGUGGAGUACGACCCGUACAGGAAGGAGCACUAUGCCUAUGGUGACAGGCCCGAGAAAAGUGACGACCCCUGGCGGUAUGACCCUCGCUUCACCGGGAGUUUUGACGAUGACCCAGAGCCCCACAGAGACCCAUAUGGGGAGGAGGCGGACAGGCGCAGCGUCCACAGUGAGCACUCGGCGCGGAGCCUGCGUAGCGCGCACAGCCUGCCAAGCCGCCGCAGCAGCCUCAGCUCCCACUCGCACCAGAGUCAGAUUUACAGAAGUCACAAUGUCACUGCCGGUUCCUAUGAGGCCCCACUUCCUCCAGGCUCCUUUCGUGGUGACUAUGCCUACGGCACCUACGGCAGCACUUUCCACGGUGCCCAGCGCUUCCCUGAGUGUGGCUACCCCACAGACAGCGGCUGGUCCGCCGUGGAGCAAGUUCCGUCAAGACCAACUUCUCCUGAAAAAUUUUCAGUGCCUCAUAUCUGUGCCAGGUUUGGCCCUGGUGGCCAGCUUAUCAAAGUGCUUCCGAACCUGCCUUCAGAGGGACAGCCCGCGCUGGUUGAGAUCCACAGCAUGGAGACCUUGCUGCAGCACACGUCUGAGCAGGAGGAGAUGCGAGCAUUCCCGGGGCCACUCGGCAAAGGUGACACCCAUAAAGUGGACGUCAUUAACUUUGCACAGAACAAGGCUGCAAAGUGUUUGCAGGACGAAAAUUUAAUUGACAGAGAGUCUGCAAGUCUUCUUUGGAAUUUCAUCGUUCUCUUGUGUAGACAGAAUGGGACCGUGGUGGGAACAGACAUCGCGGAGCUUUUGUUACGAGACCACAGAACGGUGUGGCUCCCUGGGAAGUCCCCCAAUGAGGCAAACCUGAUUGACUUCACUAACGAGGCUGUGGAGCACGUGGAAGAGGAAGAAGCUGGCGAGGCCCAGCUCUCAUUCCUCACGGACAGCCAACCGGCCACAGCCAGCACGCUGGAGAAAGAGACCGAGAGGUUCAGAGAGCUGCUGCUUUAUGGCCGCAAGAAGGACGCCCUAGAGUCCGCAAUGAAGAAUGGCUUAUGGGGUCACGCUCUGCUGCUUGCCAGUAAGAUGGACAGCCGGACACACGCCCGCGUCAUGACCAGGUUUGCCAACAGUCUUCCCAUCAAUGACCCUCUGCAGACCGUGUACCAGCUCAUGUCUGGACGGAUGCCCGCUGCGUCCAUGUGUUGUGGAGACGAGAAGUGGGGAGAUUGGAGGCCGCACCUCGCCAUGGUCCUGUCCAACUUGAACAACAACGUGGAUGUGGAGUCCAGGACGAUGGCCACAAUGGGCGACACUCUGGCUUCAAAAGGUCUCCUCGAUGCUGCACACUUCUGCUACCUUAUGGCCCACGUUGGAUUUGGGGUUUAUACAAAGAAAUCUACAAAACUUGUCUUAAUUGGAUCAAAUCACAGUUUGCCGUUUUGCAAGUUUGCAACCAAUGAAGCUAUUCAGAGGACAGAAGCCUAUGAAUACGCCCAGUCGCUGGGGGCCCAAAGUGGCCCCCUGCCUGACUUCCAGGUGUUUAAAUUCAUCUACUCUUGCCGCCUGGCCGAAAUGGGGCUUGCCACACAAGCCUUUCAUUACUGCGAAGUGAUUGCUAAAAGCGUCCUGACGCGGCCCCACGAGCAUUCCCCAGUGCUGAUCAGCCAGCUGAUUCAGGUAGCUUCCCAGUUACGACUCUUUGAUCCUCAGCUGAAAGAGAAGCCAGAAGAGGAAUCUUUUGUCGAGCCUGCUUGGUUGGUUCACCUGCAACAUGUGGAGAAACAGAUCAAGGAGGGGACUGUGGUGUGGAGUCAGGAUGGAGCCUUCCCCCAGCAGUGUCCCAGCACGCCCAGCUCUGAGGUGGGACAGUUGGAUGGUCCAGGACUCGGUCAGCAGGCGGAUCUGGAGACUGAUAACCUGCUGCUGGUGGUGCCGGCGCCCAGCACCGAUCAGCUGAGCCAGGGUGUGCGGUUGCUGCCCUCAGCUCCACAGACGCUCUCCGACGGCCAGCUAGCCAACCCAGCCAGGGUUCCAAUGUUCCCGGUGCUGCCGCCCCCAGGCCCCCCCGAGCCGGGUCCUGGCUAUGGACUGCCAGGGUCUGCACCUGGCUUCCCAGAGCCCUCCAGGCCUGAUCCUGCAGCUCUGUACCCUGGGCCUGGCCUGCCACCUGGCACCCCAUCUCUCCAGGAAAGCAGACAACUCCAGGAGUCCAGGAGCACAGACCCAGGGACACUGCCACAGGAGGUGCCUGUUGGAAACUCACUUUCGGAGCUAAGUGAAGAGGAUUUUGGUGGAAAAUUUGCUAAUCUGGACCCCUCGAGAACUGCGCAGGACUCAGAGACCCCUGCAGGAUGGGAUCAUGCUAACUUGGGUUCUGCGCAGCCUCCUCUGUCUCUGACACCUGCUCCAGAAAUGAAGAGACCUGGACAAGCUGUCAAGAAAGAGGUCAAAGAACCUAAGAAGAGUGAAUCCUGGUUCUCUCGUUGGCUACCUGGGAAAAAAAGGACAGAAGCUUAUUUGCCAGAUGACAAGAACAAGUCGAUUGUUUGGGAUGAAAAGAAAAACCAGUGGGUGAAUUUAAAUGAACCGGAAGAAGAGAAGAAGGCCCCGCCCCCACCUCCAACUGCGUUUCCCAAGGCUGCGCAGGCCGCGCCCCCUGGCCCCACGGGGGUGAAUGUGUUCUCCAGGAGAGCAGCCGGAACUAGAGCUCGCUAUGUCGAUGUUCUGAACCCGCGUGGGACCCAGCGGAGUGAACCAGCGCUUCCUCCCGCAGACUUUUUCGCUCCACUGGCCCCGCUCCCUAUUCCUGCCAGCUUCGCACCAAACCCAGAUGCAGAAGAGCUGCAACUUGCGGACGGGGCUGGGGGGGAACAGCAGGCUCCAGCCGGGGGCCAGGCCAGUCCAGAGGUUUUAAGUUCCGCAGCACUGCACCCUGGCUCUGAACUCCCAGCGCCCCAACCAGACUGUUCCCAGGGAGGAGAGCUUUCGCGCUGUAGUUCAAUGAGUUCAUUAUCACGUGAAGUAAGCCAGCAUUUUAACCAGGCUCCUGGCGACCUCCCCACUGCAGGGGGCACUGUGCCCUUCUACAACCCUGCUCAGCUGGCACAGGUGAGUGGCCCUCGUCUUCCUCCACAUGUGACACCAGCUUGCUUGCUGACUUCCCGACCCGGUGCUUGGUGACUCUCAGUGUCCCUUCCCGGACUCCCUGCAUAAUGGGAAUGGCGCACCACUGAGCGACGGCCCACGGGCGUGCGGGAGUAGCAGCGCCCUCUCCCCGUCCCGCCACCUCUGCCUCUCCGGAGGCUGUCACUUGGAACUCCUCUAGCCGAUCUGGGUACUCAGCCCCCGUCACCCCAGUGACUGUGUCGGGCGCUGCUCCUUGGCGUUUGGGCUCAGGCUCCUUUCUGCUCUCCUCCCUCACCCUGGGGCGGAGUCGGACUCCUCUGCUGCUGCCUUUCUUGGUUAUUCCGUUUGUCUUGGCCACACACACCCUCCACUUGCUGCUGGUUUGGUUUUAUGUUUUUGUUUUUUUAUUUUUUGUUUCCCAGCAGCUUCUUGACAAAAAGGUGCACAGGUGAGUUUGUAGAGACCUUUUCCGUCUCAGAAUGCCUUUAUCCUACCAGUGUGUUCAGUCGAUUGUGUGGCUGGGCAGAGUUCUUGGGCAGAAAUCAUUUUCUUCAGAACGGAAGGUGGUUGUGCAUUUUCUGGUGCAGCUCCCUGCAGGGUCCUCCUUGUGUUCUCUUUGGAAGCCUGAAGGGGCUUCUCCAUCCCCAGGGCUGUCUGACUCCCUCAGGGUGUGCCCUCGGCCACUGCUGGCCUGGGCGCACACACUUCAGGUGAGGAAUGUUUUUGAAUGUUCCCUCUGGUUUUCCUUCCUGAGCCUUCUCUUUCCUCCCUCUGGUUUCUUGCCUGUAGAGAACACACUGUCUGCCAGUUUAGGGGAACUGAGAGCGGGCAGCGGUCUGGGGGUGUCCUGGCACUCAGCCCCCACUGCCACGCUCGUCUGCCCGCAGCGGCCUGUGGGCCGGCCUCACGCCUCUUGACUGCAGUCCUGCCGCAGGCCGCACUCCCUGCCCUGGUCCUGCAGGGCUGCUGCAGCCCCGUCCGCUGCCUGGGCCAGCUCUUGGUUUUCAGCUUCAAGAUUUGGUUGUUUUCUUCCCUCCUGUUAACCUUUAUCUUACAGUUUGCCUUUACAAAAAUCCCUUGGCUUUGACCUCGGGUUUCGAGAGGGAGCAGAGGCUAUACCUGGUGUCCCUGCAGCAGCAGGCCAGGCACAGGCCACUGUCCCUCCCUGGACUCACUGAACACUCAGCAAGCCAGCACUGCAGAAUUGGCCUCAGGCCUAAGAGCCCUGACAAAACCAAGGCACCUCCUGGCCGCCGUGAUAGACGCUCCUGGCAGACGAGUCAGCACUUUUAAGGGAGCCUGACUCGGUGCGGACCUGUCCGUUCUCCUGGGCUUUCAGGACAGAAACGCAGCCUUCCACUUGCCGCCGUCAGCAACCAGCGCCCUGCGGCAUCAUCCCUGGGCGUUGUCCACCCUGGUGGACGUGCAGAGGUCAAUAUUGUUCAUUUCUUUUCAGGCCUCUGCCACCUCUGGGAGCUCAAGGCCGGGGAGGAUUGGCCAGAGGAAAUACCCGACAUUGAAGUAGAGCCGUCCCUGUUUGGGGUUUGUAUUUGGAACCCUGAGAAGACUGUUCUCCACCAAGAACCCAACUGCCUACUGGUGGCCUCACUCCUGUCCCCAGACAGGGCGGUAACUCGAAGCUGGCCACACUCUGCAGCUCCCUCUCCUCACCCCCGUCUUGAUGAAUUAUUUCAGAAAUUAACCCCACCAUUCCUUUCAGAUGCUGGAUGGAAAGAGUGAAUCUCUGACUCAGAGUCUCUCACCGAAAACGAUGUUACUUAAGUCAUUUCAGAUGAUUUAGGAUAUAUUCUCAGUCAUUUAAGAAUAUUCUAUUCAGUGAAUCUAGAAUUGUUUGCUGCAGGAGGGCAAUGCGUCAGUAACCUGGGGCCUCUCUCAAAACUCAACUGUGAAUUGUUGCCCUGUUAAUCCCAGGGCUCCUUUAAGAUGCUGGGGGGAAAGAGUGAAUGUGUGACUCGAGAGGGAGACACAGCCACCCGCCCUGCAGCCAGGGGCAGCUUUGCCCUAACCAUUCCUGAGCCUGCAGGAAUGACCGCAGGAAGCUGCGUUCUCAGGCAGCACCUCAGCAAAGCGUGGGGUUCGUUUGGCAACAGUUCAGUUAGGUUUUGAGAGCGGCUCUGGUUACUGAAGCAAAUUUCUCUCCUGUAGCAACAGCCUCAUUCCACUUUCUGUGGCCUAAUUAGGACCGUGGGUGAUUUCACACAGCCAGAAGACAGGCACUGCCUCUCCCCGCCACGAGGUGCCGCUCAGCGGUUAGGAAAGAGCCCCAGAGUGCUGAUCUCUGACUCGGCCGGCUCGGAUUGAGUGGCCACUGUUGGAACUGUGACCGUAAGAGGCCUGAUUUUUAUUGCACACAUAAGAGGUCUGGUGAGUGUCAGGGCAAGGCCCUGGGUGGGCUCUCUGAGGAGCACUGCGCCUUCUCAAGAAUGGCUUCCACGUUUCCGUCUGGAUGACUGGCUUUCUCUCACCUGGGCGUCAUCAUUUGAGGAUUGGUGACAUCUUGAAGAAAGUGGCUCAUACAGUUUCUUGCCAGCAGCUCUGGAACCUGAGAGCCCCCCCGCUGCUCCCUGCUGACCCGGCCGGGAGGACCGUGGGGAAGAACUCCGUUCAGCGGACCCAGAGCUUUAAGGCUUCGUCGACUGUUCUGAAAACCGCUCGUGUUCUUGUUAAGACUAAAGAGACUGAAAAAAAGAAAAGAUUUAAAUAUUUAUAAAAAUCAGUAGGUAACAAUUUCUGUAGGCUCUGCUGGGGGGACAUAAGCAGUUAGGUAUUUUAAGUUUUAAAUUUAAACGUAGAAAUUGUAGAAUGCGGAAUCAGCACAGGCCCGUCCCAGUUUGCUGUUUCACUUGGUCACCCAGGAAAGACCCAGACUAUCUUCCAGGGUGUUCCACAGACCUGUCUGACUGGAUCCAUUUGUUCUUGUCACUGAGAAAGGCCUGUCCCUGUGGACGGGCAGCCCUGUGUCCCCUGGUGAGGUCCUGUGGUUCCAGGACCUCCUCCAGCCCAGCCCUGCUGGCUGUUCUCUGGUGGACUGCUCACCACUUUUGAUUCAAGAAGCUUCCUGCAGGUGGGAGCUGCUAUUUUUCCUAAAUGCAAAUUGUUACACUGCAAAUUGUUGAAUAAAAUAUUUUGCGCUCUCAAGCA